AUGGAAUUUAGUUCAAGAGAGGCAGUAAUCAAGGCGAUGAAGGAUUAUACCAUCCGUAGAGGUGUAGACUACAGGGUGUAUGAGUCAGAACCGACGACAUUCUAUGCUAAAUGUACACAAUAUGGUGCAGUCAUUGCGGAAGUACAGUCGAAGUUUAACUACACCAUCAGUUAUCGCAAAGCAUGGUUGGCAAAGCAGAAGGCGGUGGAGUCAAUCUUCGGGGGUUGGGAAGCAUCGUACGAAGCCUUGCCCAUAUGGUUUGAGGCUAUGUGUCACAAGGAGCCGUUAGCGGUGGUUCACUUUGAGACUAUGCCUGCAUACCAGGGAGAUGAUUUGGUUCCUGAUAUCCGUGUGGACGGGACUCAUUUGUAUGGAAAGUACAAGGGUUGUUUAUUGGUAGCAGUUUCACAAGAUGGAAAUAACAAUAUUGUCCCAAUUGCAUUUGCCAUAGUGAAGGGAGAGACUUCUGAGGCGUGGCACUUUUUUCUAAGUAACUUACGCCAACAUGUGGUGACACGUGAUGGUAUAGGACUUAUAUAUGAUCGACACGAUUCCAUCAGGUCAGUUAUUGCUCGCAGUAAUGGGGCUUGGUCUCCUCCUAGAGCUUUCCAUAUGUUUUGUAUCAGGCAUAUUGAGUCGAAUUUCUUGAGGAAGUUCAAGGCACCUUACCUGCAGAAGCUUAUUGUCAAUAUCGGAUAUUCAAGGACGAUUCGAGAGUACCAGAUGCGCUAUGAACGACUACGCGAAUGGGGUGAAGCUUACACCAACUGGCUUGACAGGAUCCCGCAUGAGCAGUAUGCGUUGGCAUUUGAUGGUGGAUAUAGAUGGGGUCACAUGACCACCAACCUUGUGGAGUGCAUCAACUCCGUUUUGAAGGGGGCUCGCAAUCUCCCAGUCACCGCCCUUGUGAAGGCUACAUUUUACAGACUGAAUGAGUUGUUCACUAGGAAGAGAGCCGAGGCUGAGGCUCGCAUUAAUGCUGGGCAUGUGUUCUCUGAGCUUGUGACCUGUAAGUUGCAUGCAAACCAACGAGCAGCAGAAAAUAUACAGGUUAGUUGCUUCGACAGAGAAAAUGAAGUCUUUGAAGUACGUGAGAUGCCUAGUGGGGUUGAGUAUAGAGUUGACCUACACCGACAGCGUUGCGACUGUGGUGAAUUCCAGGUUGAUAGAAUUAUGUGUCGACAUGUGUUUGCUUGCUGUGCAAAUCAGCAGUUGGACUGGCAAGUAUACGUUCAUGACGUUUAUAAAAUGGACCAAGUUCAAAGGGUAUACAGAGCUAGGUUCAGACCACUGGAAAAUCCUACAACAUGGCCACCUUAUCAAGGACCUUGA